GUCUAUAAUCAUGACAGUAUUUACAGCCGAAGUUGCGUACUAAUCCAGCAUGGCAUCAAGUCGACCAGAAAGGCAAGCUCCGCCAGAAAUUUAUUACAAUGAAGAAGAAGCCAAGAAAUACACGUCAAAUUCUCGUAUGAUAGAAAUUCAGCAGCAGUUGUCAGAGAGAGCAGUAGAGUUACUGGCCUUGCCCGAUGAUGUGCCGUGUUUUAUUCUGGAUGUCGGAUGUGGAUCAGGGUUAAGUGGAGAAUGUCUUACUGAGCAAGGCCAUACCUGGGUAGGAGUGGACAUCAGUAGACCAAUGUUAGAUGUAGCGGUGGAGAGAUCAGCAGAGGGUGACCUAAUCCAUGAGGAUAUGGGCUAUGGUAUACCCUUCAGACCCGGUACAUUUGAUGGAGUUAUCAGUAUCUCAGCUCUGCAGUGGUUGUGCAAUGCAGACAAGAAGUUCCACAAUCCUCCUAAAAGGUUACACAAGUUUUUCAGCACAUUAUACGCUUCCAUGGCGCGUGGAUCUCGUGCAGUCUUUCAGCUUUACCCAGAGAACAGCAGACAGUUAGAACUGAUCACCCAGCAGUCCAUGAAGGCCGGCUUCACGGGGGGACUGGUGGUGGACUACCCCAAUAGUACUAAGGCUAAAAAGAUGUACCUGUGUUUGUUUACGGGGGGAGCACCUCAGCAGUUGCCACAGGCUCUUGGCACAGGGACAGAGAGAAACGAAAAUCAGAUUGCAUUCAGUGAUAAACGGGAGAGGUUGCGUAAUGCCAGAGGCAAAUCACUCAAGAGGAGUCGAGACUGGAUCAUAGAAAAGAAAGAGAGGAGACGACGACAGGGAAAGCAAGUGAGAGCAGAUACAAAGUACACCGGAAGAAAAAGAGGGCCCAAAUUUUAACAAAGGAAAAAUAAAUUAAAUUUGAGAAAAAUCAGUGUGCGAGUCUUAUAUCUUUGGCACCAGAGAGGAUACAAUCUUAUA